AUGGCCCUGCACUCUUCCCUGCCGUAUCUCGACUCAAUCCUCCCCUCGGACCUCCGUGCGAAACUGAACUCCACAACGACGAAUCCUUGGGCCGAGCCCGAUCCUACCAUUGCGGCUGCUAUCCCGUUUGUGAAUGGUGCCACUGGCGAGCUGAUGGCGAAGAUUCCGAUGCCGAGCCCGAAGCGGGUUAUCCGGGGGAAGUUGCGUGAUCUUUUGCGGACAGGAGUGGAAGUGAGAUUUGGGAGGCGGUUGACUGACAUCCGCGUGGAGGAUGAUGGGGUGAUUGCGGUUUUCGAUGGGGAGGAGGUCAGAGGGAAUGUGCUUGUGGGAGCGGACGGAGCGUGGUGCGAGGGCGACUCGUCGACGAGGACGUUGCCGCGUUGCAGAAGCCGAACAUCUUGGUCUUGGUGGGUUCCUCGACAUCCAUUUUCCAGGGAAUGUGCUAAGGAGGAGAGAAAGAAUGCCUUCCCGUCGUUCACGAGAGAGCAGGCGCUGUUCAUCCACGGCAAGUCCCACCCGAUUGUGCAGCUGGCUCCCCAUCCGCACCAGAAGACCAGUAUCUUCUCCAACGUGGCCAACGUGGUCGACCCCGUCCGGCCGGAGACCUGGGUGUUCCACUAUUGCCUGUCAAUCUGGACAGCCGACGACGCCCCUGAAACCGCCGAGGAGCGCCGCGCCCUUUUCAAGCAUUACAUGAGCCAAUACUGCGAGCCGUACAGAUCGGCCGGGGAAUGGUUGAGUCAGGCAACACCAAUACGAGCCGAAAAGUUCCACUACUGGAAAAACAUCACUCGGUGGAGGAAUUUCGGCGGGAAAGUUACCCUAGCAGGUGAUGCGGCGCAUCCCAUGGUCCCUUUCACCGCGCAGGGACUGAACACCGCGCUCGAGGAUGUGAAGCGCUUCCUGGACGCCAUUGUCAAGGUGGUAUACCACGGUGCGGAUAUGCAGACGGAGAUGGAUGCCUACGAUGACUCGGCGUAUACUCGGGGCAAGCGGGACAUAAACCUGUCGGUCGAGCAGAUGCACGCCUAUCAUCACUGGGAGGAGAUCAUGACCAGUCCGUUGAUGAAGGGGGGAUACGGUGCUUUAAUCAAUAGUUCCCCCCACUAA